AAGUUCUCCACAGGCAAAAAUUCAACGUGGUGUUGAUUAGGGCUGCCUCAGCGCUAAGAAAUUCACGUUAUAAUUUGUUAUAUUUUAUGUUAUAUUUUUAGACACUGAUGAAGAAACGAAACGUCUGUAUUUUAACAACAUUAUUAGCGCUGUAAACAAACAUCUGAACAAAAUAUAACGUGAAUUCUCCACAGGCAGCCCAGCCAAAACGAAUAUACUUCUACUUAAGAAAAAAAAGUUCGCACUUACUGAAUAGAUAUCCAACAACCCACCUAUAUAGUUGACCCUCGAUAAUCAAAACCCCGAUAGCCGAUUAGUCGUAUCUGCUUUGGUUGGGCUAACUGCGGCAAAGAACGGGCUUCCUGUGGCUGUCAAAGAUAAACCAAUGUCAACAGUUGGCGGGAAAAAUCAACCAAUCAACGAGUGAGUGAAACGCGGGAAUCAUUGUGUUUGCGUUACUGGUGCAAGAAGAAGUAUGCAGCAUUUCACAGCUGCAUUGAAGUUCAAUUUAUCCCUCUAAAUUGAGCCUUUAUUGAUGGAGAAUUUUGAAAAGGUAGAAAAAAUAGGAGAAGGCACAUAUGGAGUGGUUUACAAAGCAAGGGACAAGACUACUGGUCGUAUGGUUGCGCUGAAAAAGAUCCGACUAGAUACGGAGUCGGAGGGUGUCCCCAGCACAGCUAUAAGAGAAAUAUCUCUACUAAAAGAGCUCAAUCAUCCGAAUGUUGUCAGCUUGCUAGAUGUUGUGCACAACCAGAAGAGCUUGUACCUUGUGUUUGAGUUUUUGAGCCAAGAUCUGAAAAAAUACAUGGAUUGUCUUCCACCAAGCGGUAUUUCUACGUCUUUGAUAAAGAGCUAUGUUUAUCAGCUCUUGAGUGGAGUUGCCUAUUGCCACUCACACCGGGUCCUUCACAGAGAUCUUAAACCUCAGAAUCUACUGAUUGACAAGAAUGGUGCCAUCAAGCUUGCUGACUUUGGGCUAGCUCGAGCAUUUGGAGUGCCUGUGAGAUCUUAUACCCACGAGGUUGUGACAUUGUGGUAUAGAGCACCAGAGAUUUUGUUAGGGUCACGCUACUAUGCUACUCCUGUGGACGUCUGGAGUAUAGGCUGCAUAUUUGCUGAAAUGAAAACAAGGAGGGCCCUCUUUCCAGGAGAUUCUGAGAUUGACCAGCUUUUUAGGAUAUUCAGAACUCUUGGGACCCCUGAUGAUAAAGUGUGGCCAGGAGUGUCAGAACUUCCGGACUACAAGACCUCAUUUCCUAAGUGGCCUGUUCAGUCCAUAAGGCAUGUCCUUCCUACAUUAGAUAACACAGCUAUUGACCUCUUACAGUUUGCAUCGUUGCUGGCGCUCAGCUUCUUCUUGAAAGUUAGCUUGGUCAUCCUGGCACUGAAUGGUCACCUGGGGUUUCACUUAAACACAAGAAUGACCAUGAAUCUUCUGCCAAUGUGAAGCCCGCUAAGGUGCCUUUAUAAAUGGAAGGAAAAUGUUAACUUACCAGCCAAAUGCAAGAAUCUCUGCAAAGGCCGCCUUGAGCCAUGAGUUUUUCAAGGAUGUCCAAAGAAAAAUAUUGAUUGAGAACUAAAACAUAAAUUUUAUUAAAAUUAUAGUGUGGGGGUGCGCAAGUUUAUUCUUUUACUUUAAUGCAGAGAACUGAAAUAAAUAGGUUUAUAGUGCGACAUGUGCUUCCAUGGCCAUCUAUCUAGACAAAGUUGAGCGUCUAGCCAAUUAUGAUGUAACAAUCAUAGUUUCAAUCAAGUGCAUACUGCCUAUAGGUGUCCUACCCACCCCACCCCCAGUUAUCUCAUUUAUCCGCAAUGAGCAUUUCUUUGCAUCCCUUGUUGGCUAGUGGUGUACAUGUCUUAGCAGAUUCUUUGCAAACUGAACAGGUUGCCAUGGUAGCAUGUCUCACUAUAAGCUUUGAUCUAAAGGAAUAUAUAUUUCACCACGCUUGCCAUAGGUUUACUCUCAAUGUCAAAAGCUAUCCUAAAAUUGUCAUUCGUUUGCACCUCAAUAUCAUUAGCAGUAAAUAUGAAAGAUAAUAGUUAGAGGUGUUCAUCUUUCAUUAAUAGCCAAUCAAGUCUUCCAUUUUCAUGUGUUAGACCAUUAUCACAAUGUUGCAUGCUUACAAAAUGCCACAGACUGGUGGGCCACAGCUGGUCGAAAAUGGCAUUUGAAGUUGAAUUUACAGAUAAUGCAGAAAUGCUGCCAGAGUGCUUCUUUUGCCUAGUUUUGGGAUUCCCCUUGUCUGCUUCUUGGAUCAGCUCUGUCUUACAGUCUGGCAUGUUGGAAGGAUGCAACAUCAAGAAAACGGUCUAUUGGAGCUUUUUCUCUUGUUACACACACACUUUUUCUAUUAGACCUAGCCUUUUUCAUGGUUUUUACUUUUUUGUACUAAUUAUAUUCUUGGCAUAUGUAUAGAAUAUUGUAAAUAUUUAAUAGUGCAGCCCAUCAUCUUGUAUAACAGUGAGUGGCUUUGAAUUUCCUAAGUUAUGAAUUAUUGAAGAAAUUUUUGAAUGAUUAUUAUUAUAAUAAAAGCUUCUUUUCUGGAUCUUUGUAUAAUUCCACAAUAAAUUGCUUGGUAUCUCA